UUCAAAUUAAAAUUGAAUUAAAAGAUUUUAACAAAUCAUGUCACAGUGCAAAUCUCCCAGAAUUUAACAGUAAAAGGAAAUCCCUUAAAACCUUCUUGAAAAACUCUCAAUCCCCUUAUAAAUACCUUUAGGUGCUUGGUGAUGAUAAUUCGGUGUUGGUUCUUCUUUUGCUAUCUCAAUCUCAAUGGCUUCUAAGAUCUUCUAUCUAUUAUCUCUCCUCUUGCUAGCACACCUUCUUCAGCCACACGUAUUUGUUAAAGGAGAUGGCAGUUUGAUAGAGAAAACCUGCAAGAACACCAAGUACUACAAUCUGUGUUUCUCCUCCCUGAAAUCCAAUCCAAGCAGCGCAAACGCGGACCCAAAGGGCUUGGCUGUGAUCAUGGUUGGGAUUGGAAUGGCCAAUGCCACUUCCACUUCUCUCUAUUUGUCUUCUAAGAUGCUUGGCACUGCCAACAACAACGAUUCCACAUUCAAAAGGGUGCUGAAGGAGUGUGCAGAAAAGUACAAGUAUGCCAGUGAUGCCCUCCAAGCUUCUGCUCAGGAUUUGGUUAAUGAGGAAUAUGACUAUGCUUCCAUGCACAUCAUUGCAGCCUAUGAUUACUCCAAUGUUUGUCACAACUUGUUCAAACUCUACUUGGGUUUGGUUUAUCCUUCUGAGCUUGCUCCUAGAGAGGAUGGUUUGAAGUGUUUAUGUGAUGUUGCUUUGCGGAUUGUUGAGAAUCUUAAUCGGUAGCUAGUUUGCAUUUGCAUUUGCAUCAUAUGCCAAAUUUGAACCACUAAAAUUAUCUGGUGGUGUGUGUUUUUCUUCUAUAUACUUUAAUUUCUCUUUCUGCGUCUCAAUGUUUGCAACAGCUGGGUGUAAAACAACGAUCAAAGCUUAUAUAAGAGCUUGUUAAUUGAUAUGUUAA